CUGCGGCCCACGAUGCGCACCCUCCCUUCUCUGCGCCUCGCGCCCGCCACGCUCGACGCCUUCCGCGCCAGCGUCGUGCGCCCGCGCCUCGCGCUCCUCUGUCUCGUGCUGCUCCUCAGCGCCCACGGCCUGCCGCCGGGCGUGCCGCAGCGGCAGCACGAACCAUGGACGCCGCACGGCAUCUGGCGCCUGCUGCCCUUUCUCCAGCAGGCGCGGGCUCCACCGCCGCCGGCCGCACGCCCGCUCACGCCGCCUCCGCCGCGCGCCGCCCAGCCGUCGCCCGGCACACUCUUCACGCUGCCGCGUCCUGACGUGGCACUGCUGGCGGCGCCCGAUGUCGCACCGCUUGUGCUGCCACUUGCGGUGCUGUGGCUCGUGCGUGUUGCUGCACUGGCGCUGGAAGACCACGCAAUGCAUUCGGCCUUCCCGGCGCACUCGUCUGCCUCGGCGCUCCGCACGCAUCUUGUGCCGCUGAUGCAGCUCGCCGUGCUCACGGCGCUCGUGUGUGCGGCAUGUAGCUCGCAGCUCUCGCUACUUGUUGCACCAGCCGACAGCGGCGCCGCACUGCUGCCGCUGCGCGCCCUGCUGCUGCUCGAGGCCAGCACGACGCUGCUGGCGCUGCUGCUGCCGCUGUUGAAGCUGCGUCCCGCCCUCGUGCCGCUCUCCCUUACGUUGCCCUCGCCGAGCCAUGCGCCGCGCAUCGUCGAUGCACUGCUGCCCUGGCUGCCGCCCAGCCUCGUUGACGGCCUCACUGGCCGCGCUGCCACGACGCGCACCCGCCGUCGCCGGCGCAGGGGCCUGGCAGGCGCCAUGAUGGGCGUGCCGCCGCCCGGCGCUGUGGAGGAGCUGCAGGAGCGGAGGAGAGCGCAGCAACUAGCGGCAGAGAGGCAGGAGCAGCAGGCCCGGCAAGCCGCAGCCCCACUGCAAGAGGUGCCGCAGCAGCAAGAGCCAGGACAGCCGCGGGAGCUGCCACCGCUCCCGCGCGCCGAGCCCUACACAGACGGGCCGGGCUUGCACGCACCCCUCGUCAUGCCUGCGACCAGCGACGCAGCAGCGGCCACAGGAGCAGGCGAUGCAGCGCCUUCUGCCGAGGCCUCAUCCGCCGAGGACCGGCAGCGCGAUACCGCCGCUGCGCCGGCAGCGCAGGUGCCACGACCCAAGGCGCCUCGCCUGCACGGCGUGCGUGUGCGCGUCGAGACCGUCUGGCUGGCCGAGACGCUGCUGGAGCUCUGGGCACGCGUGGUGGGUGCGGUCAUGUACGCCGUCAUCACGCUCUCCCUACCGACGCUCUCGCCGACGACACUGCCGCCGCUGCUGGCGCUGCUGAGCCUGCGCUCGGAGCUGGGCAGUGUGGCGCGCGUGUGGACCUCAGCGCGGCGCUCACUCGAAUGCCUCGAGUUCCGCAUCUCCGCCAUCCACCGCCAGCCGGACGAGACGAGAGCGAGUGGCCUAGAUGCUCCGACCCCGCUGUAA